AUGGCCACAGACGGUUCCCCCAAGUCUUUCCAGGAUCUGAAGAAUCUCCUCACGAGUGACACCAAAGUAAAGGUUGCCGGCAUCGAUGUCGACGGUGUCCUUCGUGGAAAGUUCAUGUCCAAGGAGAAGUUUCUAAGUGCCGCUUCCUCAGACGGAUUUGGAUUCUGCAGCGUUAUCUUCGGCUGGGACAUCCACGACACAGUAUACUCACGGGAACUUUUGAUUUCGAACAAGGCGAAUGGCUAUAGGGACAUCCUCGCGUCCAUCGACUUGUCGAGCUAUCGCAGAAUACCUUGGGAAAAUGACGUUCCGUUCUUCUUGGUCUCGUUUCUUGAUCCAGAUAGCAAGCAGCCAAUUGUCGUUGAUCCUCGUGGAAUUUUAAAGAUAACGACGGAGAGGGCUGCUGAUAUAGGAUACGAAUGCUUUGCUGGGGUUGAGUAUGAGUACUUCAACUUCAAAGAGACCGCUGAAUCUGUGUCAAAGAAGAACUUUACAGACCUACAGCCCUUAACGCCCGGAAUGCAUGGAUAUUCUCUGCUUCGAACGCAACUUAACAACCAAUACUUUCAUGAUCUCUUCGACAAGAGCUUGCAAUUCCAAAUCCCAAUAGAAGGCCAUCACACGGAGACAGGCCCAGGUGUUCUGGAGACAGCACUGGCGUAUACCUCGGCUCUUAGGAUGGCGGACAAUGCAAUCUUGUUCAAAUAUACGGCGAAAAGUGUUGGCAUGACACACGGAAUCAUUCCAAGUUUUAUGGCCAAGCCAUGGGGAAAUCUUCCGGGCUGCAGCGGACAUGUUCAUGUAUCCUUGCGUGACAAGAACGGCAGGAAUAUCUUCGCCGUCUCCGAUUCUGAGCUUGUUGGCGGGAGAAUUGGGGCCUCUUACGACGACACGAAAUUCAUCAGCCAAGAAGCGGAGUGGUUUCUCGCUGGCAUCCUUGACGGGAUUGCCGACGUCAUGCCCAUGGUUGUACCGACGAUAAACGGCUACAAGCGACUCGUCGGCGGAGAAGCAUUCUGGGCACCAAACGCCGUGACAUACGGGUACGACUCACGGGCUGCAUCCAUCCGGAUAAUCUCCCCUCCCUCCGUUCCUCCUGCAGCCACCAGGUUGGAAGUGCGGAUACCCGGAGCUGACAUGAAUCCGUACUUUGCGAUCAGUGCUAUUUUCCUACUGGGCUUGAGAGGGAUCAAUCAAAAAUUGUCGUUACCUGGCCCGCCGAUUAGCCAUUUUACACCGGAGGAUAGGAAGACUGGAAAGGUCAAGAUGCUGCCUACGUCGUUGGAAUCGGCGACGAUCAGGAUGAUGAGAUCUGAAAGUAUCGCGCGGGAGCCAGGGAUGUUUGGGGACGUUUUUGUCGAGCAUUAUGGAGGCACGAGGGAGCAUGAAGUCAAGUUGUGGAAUGAAGCUGUGACUAGCUGGGAAGUCGAGCGAUAUCUGGAGCUCGCAUGAAAGGGAAAGACAGAAAGAGAUUCGGAAUUCAUGCAACAUGUAUACAAAGAAAGUUUAUCCCCCCAGGGCCAGUUAUAGGUGCGGCCUUGUAACAAUACAACAAUCAAACCAUUA